AUGGCGUCAGAUCCCUACGUGCUGCCAGAGAUAUUGGCUAUUGCAAAUAUUCACCCCUUCUAUGUCUCCAACAUCAAGUACCCGCCUGAUACAAAGACGGUAAAGGCAGCUAUCGAAUGUGUCAAACGUGAUACUGAGAAAGUCGCUCUCAGCCCCCAGAACUUAUUGCGAAAAAAAGAUCUUUAUCAUGUUAUAGAUCGACUUGUCAAUGAUUUGAGCCCCCUAAACACCUAUCGUCGAAGCUGCUAUACAAGCACAACCGGCGGCGGAUCUGGAGGUACCCCGUUGUUCUUUGCCACAGAUGUGCAUGAAAAUCGCCGGCACCGGGCCCAUUUUGGCAAGUUUCUUAGGACUACCCGAAUUGUGGAAGAAACAGACUGGAUCCUAAGUGUACACUUUGUCGGACAUCUCUACAGGUCUUUGGAUCUCAUAGCAGAGAUUUGUGAAAUGGGUGGAGCUAGUGUUCUGGGUGGUGGCCCCUAUAUGUCAAAACCCGAGGUUGUCAGCACUUUGAUCAAUUAUCAUGUCAAUGUGCUUGCCGGGGAAAGUAGCCAAAUCAUCAAUGUUGUCCAUUACAUAUCAACGCUCUCUCGUGAAGAAAGAGAUCGGAUUCAUAUCCAAAAGAUCAUCUACAGCUCGGAAAUGAUGACUCCUGCACAGAGAUCAUUCAUUCUGGAGAUAAUGGGUACCGUCAAAAUUUACUCCAUCUAUGGCAGCGCCGAAGCUGGUCCUUGGGCAGUCGGCAAUCCAGAUAUUACGCAGGGUGAAGACCCUGAGUGCUUGCAAGAUUUCAUUUUUGAUACUCGUUCAAUGGUAGUCGAGAUUCUGGACCCUUCAACUACGGAUGCAGGUAUUUCUUCAACCUCUGACCCUUGUGCUAUGCCAGAUGGAGAGCCUGGAAUCAUUGUUCAGACAUCUCUUCAUCGUCUUCGAAACCCGCUCGUGCGCUAUGUUACUGGGGACCUUGGUUCAAUUCAUCUCUUGCCAGAAACUGCUCGAUCAAUGAUUUCCGAGGCUGAUUGGGAAUAUCUGCGCGUUCUCCGUCUUUAUGGCCGUGAUCGUCGCUUCAGCUUUGAGUGGGAUGGAAUGUAUUUCGAAUUCGAGAGCCUUGCUGCACUUCUUAGUCGUGAAGAAUACGGUGUUUUGCAGUGGCAGGUGAUCUUGGACCGGCUGGAUUCCUCUCCAAGGUCCACCAUUGAAACACGUCUUUUUCGAUCAUCACACAAUUCGUCUUUGAUGUCCGAGGAAAGUCUUUCAGAGCGCAUCAUGACUUUCUUCAAUGCCUAUUCAGGUAACGCCAACCGCCUCUCUGUGACCUUUCUGGAUGACAGAAAUAAAUUUGUGCGCAGUGGAACUGGGGAUAAAAUCAUUAAGUUUGUGGAUAGAUUCAACUGA